AUGGCCCCUUCUGAUUUUACUAUGAGCCCCGUCGCCUGGCUGUUCGUCUCCCUAUUUGCCGGCAUUAUUCUCAUCCUCGCCCUUGUAUACCUCUUCGCUCUGAAGAUCAGACGUGACAAAAAGAAAGCUGAGCGGGAAGCCGAGGACGACGAAAUCUUCGGAAAAAUCAUCAAGAAUCCGGUUACAUUGCCUGCAGUAUAG